CCCCGCGGUUGCGGGCGCCACGGUCCCCGUCCCACCGGCCCCUUGGAGCUCCCGCCGCCCUCGAGGGCUCCGACAGCCCCUGCCGUGCCGGGGGAACACGGGGGCUGGGGGCCCGGAGCGGGAAACGAGGGACCCCGAGGGGGAAACCUGCUGCCGUGACCUUUCUCGGGCGAGUUCCCCUGCAGAAAGCCCCUCAGGCUGAGCUCAGCGCCGCGUUUCCCCUCGCGUCAGUUUUGCUUUUGAUGCGAGCCCGGCCGCGCUGCCGCCCGCCCCGCCCGGUGCCCCCGCGGCCCCCCGAGCGGAGCGGGGCAGCCACGGCUCUGGAGAUACAGUCAGGAUUUUUCGUUCACAUGGCAGCAGCAAACUCUAGUCCACCGAGCUCUUUGGAUCUAGACCAGCCUGGAUUUGCAAAGGAGAUCCUGGGAACUAAACUGGAGGUCAAAUAUCUCUGUUCUGAUUGCAAAAAUAUCUUGAGGAGGCCAGUCCAAGCUCAGUGUGGACAUCGCUACUGUUCCUAUUGCCUGAAGAAAAUUAUAAGUGCUGGACCUCAGAAGUGUGCCAGCUGUAUUCAGGAAGGAAUAUAUGAAGAAGGAAUUUCUAUUUUGGAACCCAACUCAGCUUUCCCAGACAACGCUGCUCGUCGGGAAGUGGAAAGCCUGCCUGCUGUCUGCAUCAACAGUGGCUGCACGUGGAAGGGAACUAUUAAAGAAUACGAGGCUCAUGACGAAGUCUGCCCUGAAUUUCCACUGACUUGUGAGGGCUGUGGGAAGAAGAUUCCAAGGGAGAAGUUUCGGGACCAUGUGAAGUCUUGUGGAAGAUCUAAAGUGCCUUGCAGAUUUGAGGUUGUUGGAUGUGCUGCGGUGGUGGAAAAUGAAAAGCUACCAGAACACGAAAGCAAGUGUUUGGCAGAGCAUCUCUACAUGCUACUGAGCUUUGUGCUCAGCCUCAAGACUGGGUCUGGAGACCUAAAGCCCCUUCCUGCCCUCUCCUCAUCGCAAAACAGCUCCCCGCUACUGGCAGCAACCUCUCUGUGCUCUGAGUCAGGGCUCUCCCGGUCCCUGGAGCUCUUGGGAAGAUGUGAAGCCCUUGAGAGGAAAACAGUGACCUUUGAGAACAUUGUCUGUGUGCUCAAUCGGGAGGUGGAAAGAGUGUCUCUGACAGCUGAAGCCUACAGUCAGCAACACCGACUGGACCAGGAGAAGAUCGAAACGCUGAGUAACAAGGUCCGGCAGCUGGAAAGGAGCAUUGGGCUCAAAGAUCUGGCCAUGGCUGAGAUGGAGGAAAAGAUCCGCAACAUGGAGGCUUCCACCUACGAUGGUGUUUUCAUCUGGAAGAUCACAGAGUUUGCCCGGAAGCGUCAGGAGGCGAUAACAGGCCGCUCUCCUGCCAUCUUCUCUCCAGCUUUCUACACGAGCAAGUACGGCUACAAGAUGUGUCUGCGUGUUUACCUGAAUGGGGAUGGCACCGGGCGUGGGACCCACCUGUCCCUGUUCUUUGUGGUGAUGAAAGGACCCAACGAUGCUCUUCUGCGGUGGCCCUUCAACCAGAAGGUAACCCUGAUGCUUCUGGAUCAGAACAACCGGGAGCACAUCAUCGAUGCCUUCCGACCCGACGUGACGUCAUCCUCCUUCCAGCGACCCAUCACAGAAAUGAACAUUGCCAGUGGCUGCCCCCUGUUCUGCCCCGUCUCUGUGAUGGAAGCCAAGAACUCCUAUGUGCGUGAUGACGCCAUCUUUAUUAAAGCCAUCGUUGAUCUCACAGGCCUCUAACUCUCCCCACCUCCGGGAGCAGUCAAGGCAGAGCCAGCCCCGAGAGGGGCAUCCCCCUCUUGUGCUGCGCUUCAGGCAGGUCUUGGAGUGAGGAGGGGGUAGAAAGCGGAAGGGGAAAAGCCCUUCCCAAAAAGGGACCUUCGCUCUGAGUGGAAACAAGGUGUCUGAUGGAACCCUCUUCCCUGGUGUCAGAGAGACCUUCUCUGUGAAGAGGUUUGGGUUGACAUUCACAAUCUGCAGGGUACAAGAAGAUCUGUGGGAUACAAGAAGAACUGCAGGGACUUGGGUGUCUGAACUGCUGCUGUGUGGGCUCCCAGUGGAAACCAGUGCAGCUCUUGCUCUACCAGUUUAGUGCACCGCCUCAGCGCUCUGUAGUAAAACAAGGAUUUGGCCUGUCCAAGCACCACCUCGCAUGGAUGUUUGGCUCAGCCAUCUAGGAUUUUCUUCAGAGAUCUCGGUGUUCUGGAAGUUCUGUGUGCUGCAGGGGUGCCAGUGCCUUGCCCUGCCUGGUCUGUGCCUUGAUGGAGGGAAAGGGUGCAUGGCAGACUGGGAUGAGAGAGAUGCCAACCUUUCUGCAGCUAUUGGGAUGCCAUCAGUGCCUGCAGAGCCAGUGCUGAGCUGUGCUGUGUGGCUGGCAGGCAGCAGCGCCCUGCAUCUGGCCCUCACUCUGGGUUUGAUGGAUGGUUUGUGCUCUGAGCUGGGAGCACAGGGCAGGCAGUGCCUGCUGCGCUGGGGGAGGAGCCUGGGGCAGCACCAGGGGUGCUCGUGGUGGGAGAGAAGUGAAUCUGGCCUGGGGACAACCCGUCCCAUCCUGUGAGAGAGGUGAUGCAAGGCUUGGUGCUGGACAUCAGUCCCCUGAACCUGAGUGCCCCAGCUGGGUGUUGAGCCCUUCUCUGCUUGUGCCCAAGAGGGAGGAUGAUGGCAGUGCUGGAAGCUGGCUGCACUCAUGUGGAUGCUCCUGAGUUUCCAUCCCCAUGGCAGGGCAGCUGCAGCAGGGCAGGUGUUCCAGGGCCCACUCCAGCCACCAAGCAUGUGGGGCUGUGGCUCUGCUGCCACUGUCCAUCUGCACAAGGACCCUCAGCACCAUGACUGCAGCCAGUCUCUGCAUCUGCCUGUGUGGUGGGUGGCACAGGCCAGCUCCUGCCCUCCCCAAGGGCCUGCCUUGCCCACUAGCAACAGCUUUUCUCCAUCCUUCCUUCAGGAACUGAUGUCUGCAGGUUCCUGGGUGUUGCACACUGGAGCACUCUCAGCUCACCCCUAAGUGAGCCUGCAGCCACCUGGGUAGGACUUGGUGAUCCUACCACCUGCUGCAGAAGUCCCCACAUGAAGCUUGUCCCCUCUCUGUCCCUGGACUCCUGGCAUCACUGCCUUUAGGGCAGCAAGUUUUCAGCACCCAUGAGAAGGUCUCUGUGUUGGUGGAGAAGCUGCUGCUGCCACAUCCCUGCAUGGUGGCUGGCUGGUCCCUGGGAGUGGUUUUGUGAUGGCCAUGAGUAACUCUAGGUGGGGAGGGAGCCAGGCUGGGCUGUCAAGGCUUCACUGCCUUCCCUGUGCCAUGUCAGUGUCCAAAUGUGCCCCAGGGGAGAUUUUGUUGAUCAUGAGGCAGCUGCUGCCCCCACCUUGCAAUAAUGGUCCAGGGCCUUGUCCGGCCCCUGUGCUGUUCCUCCGGCCAGGAGGGUGGGCAGUGAGGCUGGGAGUGCUCACCGUGCUCUUGCUCACAGCCACCAUGGGUCACCUUUGGUGGAAGCAGUGGCUGCUGUUGGGGGGCCCAGGGGACAUGAGGCUGCAGUGGAGGAAGGCCUGAGCCCCUCUGCCAGCAGCUCCCUGCCCGCUGCCCAGAGGGCCCACUCUGCUUGUGCUCUGCUCCCAUCCCUGCUCCACCACAGGUGCCCUGGCAGGGCCUGGGACACUGAGCUGGGACCCAGAGAGCUCCCUGUAUGGUGACACUGCUCCCAGGUUGUUUAGGGGUGUCCCUGCUGCUGCCAGAGGGGCGCCUGCUGUCCUUCUCCAGGCUGGGAGGAAGCUGAGCUGGAACCUGACCCAAGCUGAACUUUCUACACCCCAAGGUGCUGAGCUGGCUGGGGGGGGCAGGGCUUGUCCUACCUAUGGACAACCACCAAGCCCCCUUUGAAGUCUCCCUGCAGAUUUUAUCAUGCCUGGUGUGUACAGGAGCUGAAGCAGACCCCACUGUUCCAGCAAGAAAUAAGUGUCUUUUUUUCCUGAAGGAUGUAGUAUGGUCAAAGCCUUUAAUAAAAGCCAUUGGAAGAGCA